CGCUCUGGAACUGGCAAAGAGAGGAGCUCGCGUGAUUCUGGCCUGUCGCAACAAGGAGAAGGCUGAGGCUGCAGCGUUUGAUAUCCGCUCAGUAAGACCCAAUCAGUUCAACACACAGAGACCCGACCAUUCAGAGAUCAGCUAUCCAAAACUGGAUUUGUUUCAUGCCAGGGCUUUUACUUCACAGAAUGUAAUAGUUCAUUUCCACUGAGUGGCACACAGCAUAGGUUGGUGGGGUCGGUACUCUGUUUUAUGAUCCGGAGUAUUCAGGCGAGCAUUUCCACCACCAACUAGACUCUCACUGGACAGGUGGUAUUGAACCUGACGCUUAACAUUGCGUCUCACUACUUCAACAGAAAACGUGACUUGCUCGUUGUUGCAGCCAGUAACGCUUCUUGUACCCCAAUUUAUGGGCUAUUGAUGCCAGAAGCUCCACCCCAACCAUACCGUAUCAUGGUAAAAAAAAUUGGGACCCUGUCAGUUACAAAAUUAAUCAUAUCUGUACUAAGCAUCUCUCUGAUUACAGAUGGCGUGUCCAUAAACAAGUUUUACUCAAUAUUGUUCAAUAAGCGAAAAGAGAGAUGUAACUUCUACCAUAAAUAUAGAUUAACCAAAAACCUAACAAAUUACAAUGAAAUACUUUCUGGUGGGCGCCGGAAGUAAAACCCAUAAUCGUUUUCCCUGGAAGCCUCCCAGGAACAAGGUGUAUAGAAUGUUCAGUUCCAAUGGCAUCAAUGACAUCAGCAGUGAUGACAUCACUCUAUGAUACCACAAAGGAAUCUCUCUCUUGAAUGUAACUCACAGGCAGUUUUCUCAGACCUGUUCCACAGUUCUAUCGUGACAGAUCACUCUUCAGAGCACGUUCAAAACAAGCAGAAUAUCGAUUCCAGAUAUUACACGCCUUUCAGAGAAGCAGGAAUUUACCAGAAUAUAGACAUGAAGCAACAACAGAUUGCUUGUGAACAUGAAGCUUUUCCAGCUGAUGAACCUCAACAUCCAAGUCGACUACGAUGCAGUGGUUUUCCCUUUUGAGGAUAAAAACCACUGCACAGUCCCAUUGAGUCGGAAGAUGAAUCGGCAGAGAUCCAGGGGGAAUCAAGUCCUUCCAGCAACUUUGAGAGUCCAACAUCACUGGAAGUCAAGCAGGAAACAAAUCCCUCUGCUGGCUUCAAGAUGACCCCCUCAGUGGAAGUCGUGGAAGAGAAGAGCUAACCAACACAUCAUUGAUCUCACAAAGCAGGUAGACGAUCUUAAAAAAGGACUGGAGAGUAAGAUUUUUGAUCUCCAUGAGGAAAGAGACCAAAGGAUUGCAUAUCAGGCUAAAGUCAAAUCACAGCAGCAGGAGAUUCAGAAACUGCAAAAAAAUGUUAGAAGAAGAACGUCACAUGCAAGUCAAACGUCAACAUGGAAGAAACGUGCCAGAGAUUAAAGAUGUGUCAAAGAUUUCUUGCUCUUCCAAAGUUACAGCCGACAAGAACAUUCUUCAACAGCUGGAGUACUUCAAGAGGGAGGCUGAAAAAUAUGCCUCCCGCAACAAAGGUCUGGUAGAAGUAAUGGUUGAAGAAUACAGAGUGAGACUUAAAUAUGAGGAGCAGCUCAAAAGUCACUCUGAGGAAGCUUCCAAAUUCAAAGCACAGGAGGAAACAGUGAAAUCUCUGCAGGGUCAGGUUGCAGACUUGAAGGUGAAGUUGAAACUUGCUUUGGAAAACAACCAUCCUAGAGUCUCCAUCCAACCAGAGGCCCCCCUGCAAACAGAAGACUCCCGACAAACAGAGGAGACCAAGGAAAGACAGACCUUUAAUCAACCAGGGAGGUCUGAGGAGAGUGGGAACCCCCAAGUGGUGUUCAUGCAGCUUGAUCUGGCAAGUUUAAAGUCAGUUCGCAGUUUUGCUGAAACCUUUCUUAAGACUGAACCUAGACUGGACAUCCUCAUCAACAAUGCAGGUGUUCUGGGUCCUGGUUACUCUGAGGAGGGCUUCGACCUGGCCUUUGGGGUCAACCACCUGGGUCACUUCCUGCUGACCAACCUCCUGCUGGAGCGGCUCAGGCGCUGCGGCCCCAGUCGAGUCAUCACUGUGUCUGCUCUCCUGCACCGCUUGGGGAGCAUUGACUUCCAGCUGCUGGCUCCACAGACAGACGCGGUGCCCCCCCAGUCUGCCUGGUCCAGCCUUCAGGCCUACUGUAACAGCAAACUCUGCAAUGUGCUCUUCACCAGGGAGUUGGCCAACCGGCUGGAAGGCACUGAUGUUACCUGUUACACCCUUCACCCAGGAGUAAUCUACACAGAACUGUGCCGUAGUCUGAGCCAGUGGCUGCAGCUCCUCAUGAUGCCCUUAGCCAAGCUGUUCCUCCUGGACCCCAGCGGAGGAUGUCAGACCACCCUGCACUGCGCCCUCCAGGAAGGCAUUGAGCCACUCAGUGGCAGAUACUUCUCCAACUGUGCGCUGCAACAAGUUGGAGCUAACGGGAGAGAUGAUGGCCUGGCAAAGAAGCUUUGGGAAGUAAGUGAGAGGUUAACAGGCAUGGCUUGAAGCACCAGAGACUGCCGUAGAGCCGUUCACAACUCUUAUAAAGUCCAACUUGUGUCUGAAUUGUCAUGCACUUCUUUCCUUUGCUUUAAUGAAGCCGAGGAUCCCUUGAAUGUUGUUGCCUGAUGUCAUGUAUGAAGUCUGCAGUUUAUCAGUGAGCAAAUAAGAGAACCUAUGAUGACUUCUGUAGAUAAACAAUAUUUUUUGAAUGCA